GAUAAGGAAAGAAAUGAAAAAGACCGACCAGUUGCUAACAAAUCGUAAUGUUCAUUGACUAAAGUUAAGUUUUCAACCGUGUGCCAAACAACAAAAACCAAUUAUAUUUAAUGGUAACAUACAUUAGAAAAAAUGGCUAACAAUAAUCAAGCUGAACAAGCCCUUAAACGGUUCGGAGAGCAGCUGCAAUGUGUUAUAUGUUUUAAAUUCCCGAAAAAUGCCCGAAUAUGUAAACAUUGCUCUGCAUUGUACUGCAAUGCCUGUAUUUGGCACUGGAUAACUAGACCACAAGACUCGGACAGUGAAGAUGACCCUGAAAAUUAUUCUUGCUGUCCCCAUUGUCGAAAGGAACUUCGUAGUAGCGAUUUGAUAAAGCUGCGUUUCUUUGAACGGAUUGAGCAUUUGGGACCAAAACUUGAACAUUGUCUUAACAAUGCAAAUUCUAUCGAAGAAACAUCUUCAGAAAGUUCAGACAUGCCAGAAUGGAGUAUUGGCCAUUUUACGCUAAGGAAUUUUACACCAAGAAAAGGACCACUUAAGAUAUUUUCUCAAAAAGUUGUUGACGAUCUAGGGACAGUUUGGCGUUUAGAGGUAUGGCCUCGGGGAUAUCAAACUCAAAAUCAUUGGAUUAGCGCGUUUGUUUCUAUGGUGAAGGGCGUAGAGGGGAAUUAUCAAGUCGAGAUUGAAUUAUUAAAUGGAAGUCCGACAAAGAUUAAUUUCGCAAGUGAGAAUUUAACGCCGCGUGGGUCAUUAGGAAGGCGACAGUUUGUCGAUAGUCAGCUAAUAACCGGAGCAGAGAGCUCAAUUGAUUUGAGAUUCCGUUUCGCUGUUCGGCCCGUGUCUUUUGAAGAAAAGGCUUUACUGCAACAAAAACUGCUUAAAAAAUUGAAAACACAAGAUGAUCGAUUUAAAGGUUAUUCAACAACUUUUGGCUAUCAGAUAGAUGACUUUUCUUACAUGAAUAAUAAUACUGAUGAGGAUCAAAUUUUCACUGACAAUCUGCAUAACCGUUGGAAGAUGGGAAUAGACUCUACUAAAUCGAAAAAAUAUAUGGAAUUCAAGAUUGCACUUUUGAAAGGUCUUCCUGGCUUCUACGAAGUAGAACUUAAGUUGACACACGACGAAGAUGAAUGUGCCAAAGUGCUGUCAUUCCAGCACAGUUUCAGUUUCACCACUGUUGCAUAUUUCAACAUGCAGAUCCGAUGGAAUCAGUUGGAAGAAUUUGGAUUCACCCACAUGGACGAUGAUUAUCUGGAAGUACUUGUUACAAUGUGCCCAGUACAUAUAAAUUUACCCAGCCUGCAGAAAUUUCUUGUAUCUAAACAACUAGAUGAGAUCAAGCCCGGACCACAAAAAGUAGUAUAUUAUUAUUAGUGCGUUUUAUCAGUUUUUUUUUUAAAUUACGACGAAACAUGUUGGUUACACAAUUGCCUUGUACACUAACCGGCUGUGAGGUCUACAAAUAAAAGCAAACCAGGUCUCGAAAGCGACAUUAAGGGCUAAUAUGUCGAAAGAGAACAUUCAUGAAAUAUGUAACGCUUAACGCUUGAUAAGGGAAAAAAAAUAGUAAUAAAUAAAAACACUAAAAUUUUGAA